UCACACACAAACUCUCAGACACACACACGCACAUACACACUUAGCGGUCCAGCAUGGAGGUGCCUGCUCCGAGCAGCUAACUUUGAGCAGCUGGAGCGCCAUGUCUUGCUGAAUGGAGUACCUGUGGACUGACAGCAUCGCAUUAGACUUACAUUAGCAGCCUGCUCUACCAUGGAGUUUGGAAAAGUUUGGUCCAGAUAUCAGAGGACGCUGCUGGUCACCAUGAUGAUGUUCAAACUGGGCCUGCUGUGUACAGCAGCAGAAGAUGCAUGCUUAUCAUCUCCUUGCAACAACGGCAGCACUUGUCUCGACCACUUUGGCGACUACGUGUGCCUUUGCUCCAAAGAACCAGUGUGGUAUACAGGUAAAAACUGUGAGGACCUGUAUGAUGCCUGCAUCGAUGCAACUUGCAGCAAUUGUACAAGCAAACGUGGAACUGGCAAGUACACCUGCCUCUGCCCGGAUGGUUUCGCAGGACUCAAUUGCACCCAGGGUGUUGAUGAAUGUCAGAGUAACCCCUGCCAGGGUAAUAAGUCCCACUGUGUCGAUGGAGUCAAUGGCUAUUCUUGCCACUGUCCAAUUGGUUUUGGUGGUGAGGACUGCCAGGAUAAUGUGACCAAAUGUUCAGAGGAAACAUGCCAGAAUGGUGGCACCUGUAUAGACAUCCCUGACACUGGGCACCUGUGCCAGUGUGCUGCAGGAUACCAGGGGACAAACUGUGAGGAGAACAUAGACGAGUGCCAGUCGGAGCCCUGCCAGAAUGGAGCCAUCUGUAAAGAUGGAGUGAAUGCAUACCAGUGUUUCUGUGUGCCAGGAUUUCAAGGCUCCCGCUGUGAUUUGGACAUCAACGAGUGUGCCUCCCGACCCUGUCAAAACAAUGGCACGUGUUGGGAUGAGGUAGAUCACUACAGGUGUGACUGUGCUCCAGGCUAUAAAGGGAUUAACUGUGAGGUGGAGAUCGAUGAGUGUGAGGUUCGUCCCUGUCAAAAUGGCGCCACCUGCCGAGAUCAUGUUGCCAUGUACUCGUGUGAGUGCGUGGCUGGGUUCCAGGGGCAAGACUGCGAAGUCGACAUUGAUGAAUGUGCCAGCUGGCCCUGUCUAAAUAAAGGAAAAUGCAUAGAUGGUGUGAACAGCUAUGUCUGUGACUGUGAGGGGACAGGCUUUGUAGGCGACUACUGUGAAGAGGAUAUUCCUGAAUGUGCUUCUGACCCCUGCCAGAAUGGAGCCACGUGUUUGGAGGGGACCAAUCAGUACAAGUGCCUCUGUUGGCCAGGUUACGAGGGAGACAACUGCCAGGUGGAUAUAGAUGAGUGUGAGCAGCACCCCUGUCACAAUGGUGGCAAGUGUUUUCAACGCUCAGAUGUCGUGAACUACAGAAAGCUUCCUGAACUCAGCACUGCUGACUUCAGCUAUGAUGUGGCCGCUGGCUUCAUCUGUCAUUGUCUGCCAGGAUUCAUUGGAGACGACUGCUCUGUUAAUGUGGAUGAGUGUGAGUCUGCUCCAUGUCAGCACAGAGGAAGCUGCCAAGAUCUCGUCAACUCUUAUCAGUGUGUCUGUCGAGAUGGCUUUACAGGUGUACACUGUGAAGUAGACAUCAACGAGUGUGACAGUAAUCCCUGCAAGAACGGCGCCACCUGCGAAGACGCUGCCAAUUCCUACAGGUGUCACUGCCCUGUGCUGGAGCCUGGCCAUGAGCCCUGGGGGGGGCGAGACUGCGACGUCAGGCUCGUUGGCUGCCGGCAGCACCAGUGCCAGCACGAAGCAGGCUGCGUCCCUGUUUUGAUCAAGAAUAGUGAACACAGCUACACCUGUGUGUGUCCUGCUGGCUGGACAGGAGAUCACUGCAAUACCUCCACCACCUUCUCCUUCAACUCAGAGGGCUACGUCCAUAUGCAGUUGCCUGUUUUCAAGAACAAGACAAAGCCAAAUGUUCUACACAUGCAGCUUCGAUUCAGGAGUACUCUUCCUGACAUGGUGCUCUACUACCGGGGCACCGUGGAGAACUUUGUCUCUCUCGAGCUUGUCAAAGGCUCCCUCCUAGCAAAGGUAAAAUCAGGGAAGGUACUGUGGGCCAAUUUCCCAGGCCCAGUCAAUGAUGGAGAAUGGCACACAGUAACCAUGACCAUGGACGAGAGAUUGGUUCUGGCUGUAAAAGGACCCAGCUGUGAGGAAGGAUGCCAGGUAAAGAAUGAGGGUCGAAACCAUCUGAUCUUCCUCCAAUCCAGCUCCUUCCAGCAGCUGCAUAUAGGAGGGGCACCACAGAAAUAUGUGGGCAACUUGUCCAAUGGAAAGGCAUUCAUUGGCUGUAUGGAAGACUUUCAAGUUGACUAUAAGCUGCUGCUGCCUCAAGAUCUCAUCAGGGAGGAGAAUAUGGGCUUGGAACUGGGAUGUACCAAACAAGACUGGUGUGGUGAUGACCCAUGCAUGCAGCGUGGACAGUGUGUGGAUAUGUGGGUCGGUGCUAGCUGUCAGUGCCAUCGACCGUACUAUGGAGAAAACUGUGAAAAAGAGUACCCUUCCUGGACCUUUGGACAUGAAAACAGCACCAGCUAUUCUAUGUUCAACAUAUCAGAAACUCACGGUGACAACUUUACCAUUUCGUUUUUUAUGCGCUCCCUCAAACACAAUGGCAUGCUCCUGCAGUUUCAUCGAGAAGGAGAUGCGUACCUGACCAUCUACCUGAAAGAAGGCACUGUUGCUAUUUACAGUCCUCACACCACGCUUCUCUCAGAAGCGAGAUCAGUUACUGAUGGGAAAAAUAAUUUGGUGAUUGUAAAGGUACAUUGUGGCCAUGUGGUUUUUCCCAAAGCGGGCAAUAAUCGUGCCUUAGGAAAUGUGAGUGUAGAAGCCGGGGAUGUGGCAUAUGUUGGAGGGCUCCCUGCAGGCAAGAGCACGAAUGCCUGGGGUGGAAACUUCAAGGGCUGUCUGCAGGACAUUCGACUGGAUCACAAGCAUCUGGUUGCUGAAGGUUAUCCAGAGGAGACGGAGGUUUACCAGGCAAGCACCGAGGAUAACCUGCUGCCAGGAUGCCAAAGUGAUGAUACAUGCAAGGAUGAACCGUGUUUCAAUGGUGGACAGUGUCAGGUAACCUGGAAUGACUUCAGAUGCAACUGCUCCACUAACUACCGGGGUCAACUAUGUGAGAUUCGCUUGUGGUGCGUCGAAAAGCCCUGCCCUGAGGGAGUGCGCUGCUUGGAGCUACAGGAUGGUUAUGAGUGUUUAACUGAAGCCAUUUUUCAAGACAAUUCUCUCCAGUACAUUGCCCAAAGCUCCCUGCUGAGCUCCGUGACCAACAUCACCAUGGACAUACGAACACGGGAUGAGAAUGGGAUCUUGCUGCGUUCUGUCAACACAACCGAGGUCUUCUGCUUGGGCCUGCUCAACUCUAGCCUGCUGGUCAAACUGGACAGUGGGGAUGGUGCAGAGUUGCAGGCCUUCAUGGGCGACAGGACAAUCGCUGAUGGGGCAUGGCAUCACAUUCAGCUUACUAUGGUUGACCCAACACAGUCAGAAUCGCGCUGGUGCCUCACCGUAGAUGGACAGAGAGCUGGUGUCAGCUUUGGAAUAAGUGGCAACCUCAACUUUCUCAAUGACACCAAAAUCUGGCUGGCAGAAAAAUACACAGGAUGUUUAGGAGAGGUGAGGCUAGGUGGGGUCUACCUACCACUCAUAAAGGUAGCAGAUCCACCUCAGAUGAGCCGAUUCACCAGAGUGGGUGGUCAUGAGCCAAGCAUAGGGUGCCAUGGUGCACCUAUUUGUGAUUCACAGCCCUGUCUCAACCAGGGUGUGUGUCAGGACCAGUUUAAUGAGUUUAACUGCAGCUGCACACCUGGAUGGGAGGGGGAGCUGUGUGAAACAGAGAUAAAUGAGUGUUCUUCAACUCCUUGUGUCUAUGGUACAUGUAAAGACCUCCUGGCAGACUUCCAGUGUGAAUGUGAGCCUGGAUACAAAGGGAAAGACUGUGGGGAAGAGGUGGAUAACUGUCUGGAGUUCAAGUGUGAGAAUGGAGGAGACUGUGUUGAAACAGAGGGAACUCACACCUGUUCGUGUCCUCCUGGCUACAUUGGAAAGCGUUGCCAAUGGCGUUUUCCUCCUGUGGCAUGCAAUGCGAACACUGAGUGUCUUAACGGAGGAGUUUGUAUUGGAGGUGACUCUGGGGGCAACUGUACCUGCAAGCCAGGAUAUGCUGGAGCCAGGUGUGAGACAGAAAUAGAUGAGUGUGAGUCCAGCCCUUGUCUCAAUGGUGCCACCUGUCUGGACAGACUGAACCACUUCCAAUGUGUGUGUGUGUCAGGAUACACUGGCACACUUUGCGAUAGCAAUAAAGAGGAACAAAUGGAGCGAGUUCCAUGGUUGGCAGUGACCAUUCCUUUGACCACUCUAUGUGUCUUACUGGCCAUCCUGGUGGUGUUUUUUCUCAUCAUGACAGCACGAAAGAAGCGUCAGUCAGAGGGCACAUACAGCCCCAGCUCACAGGAGGUAGCUGGGGCCAGACUGGAAAUGGGCAGCGUCCUCAAAGUGCCCCCAGAAGAGAGGCUUAUCUAAGGUGUGAAGCCUUUCCUCACAGACUUACAUCCAAAGGAUGCAUAUUAAGGGCGAGAGAUCAAAUAGUCCUCAGUGUUAUCCUUUGCACAAGGAAAGAGGUAAAGAAAUAAUCAGUAUCACAAACUUGUGACAUUCACAACUUAUAGGUGAAGACUUCAACGUGGAUGCUGACAGAGGCAAACUCAGACUGUGCUGGUAGAAAGACUUUUUGUCAUUCGAUGUUUAGCUCUCUGAAAAGUUGGGCAUUGCUUUUCAGGUCCCAACACUAAAUCUGUUUUGCAUAAAUAAAAAGGAAAGAAAAAACAAAGGAAGAAAAAAACUGUAUCACAACAAGGGCUCAGGAGUAGACCGAGAGCACCACAGAGCCCAACACAUAGAGCUGAACUCCAAAGUGCUCAGGUCCCAGUUGAAUCUGAGCUUUUAUGGGACGUGAUCAGAACCGUCACUGGAAGCUAAACGGACCAAAAUGUCUGCUGCUAGUCCCAAUGACAGACCCAAGGUUUUAACUGAAAAAGCCAACAUUAGGUUUUAAUGUUGUGGCUGAUCCAUGCAUGUUGCAGAUUACUUUGUUCCCCACUAUUUGUGGUAGUUUUAGUUACACACUGAAGUUUGCGUGCUUAUGUUUUUUUUUUAGAUUUUUCUGGAGUCAGACGUCAUUUUUAUAUCUGUCAUCUCUUUUGCCAUAUUGGGUUUUGCCAUCUGAUUUUCCUCUUUCUUUCCAUCCACAGUGAAGCUUUUUUGUCUGAAAGAAUGCAUUUUGAAUUAAAUUACCUUGAUGUUGAAUUUCUAAUUCAAAAAUGCUGCCAGGGAUUACACUCGCCUAAUAUAAAUGAUGUCCCACUGGAAAAGAGCAUUGUUAACUUUUUAAAAUCAAUCAGGUUACGAGCGACUCAACUACAGCUAGGCAUUGGGUUUUGGGUAAGUUGAUAUAUAUCACACCUUUUUACAGAAUUUUUAUAGAAUUUUUCCAAUUUGAAAAUAGUGGAAAAGCUAUUAACAAACAGACAAACAAAAAACUGCAAUGCCAAAGGAGUGGAUGAGACUUAGUCGUAGUUUUUUAGAAGCCAAAACCCAAACCUAACUCUAACCCUCGCCUUUGUUGUGUUGCUGGUGACCUGGUGGAUGUUAAGAGGUCAAAGUAAAAUGCAGUAUUAUUCAAGGAGCACAUCUGGCUCGGGUUUGUGUGAAUAAAACAGUACAGAAAGUUCCAACACGUUCUCAUCCCAACACGUAACAUACCGACACUAUGUGACAAAUCCUCGAUAUGUUCAGAGGCAUGAGAGCCAUUUGGAAUGAAUCUGUACAUGUCAUUGUGUUUUACGUUCUGACCAUGAAUCACUUUAGAAAACACUAUCUGAUAGGGUCCAGCUGUUAGGGCAUGGCUGGAGCAGCGGCAUUCUGUUGGAUUCAAUUGAAAAUCCAUCUCAUUUCGCGUUACUAUGAGACACCUCGGUCUGUGACAGAUCGUCGGGAUGUUGCGCGUUGGGAAUGAGAAUUCUCUGGAAAGUUUGUGUGAUGAAAAAUUAGAUCAGAACUCCAAAUGGAGCGUGUGGCUAGACAUCACUGUGGCCUAAGUAGAAGUAAAAAAAACUGACUGCUGUAUUAUAUUGUCAAUGUGCACUGUAUGACUCAACACAAUCAACCACACUAUCCACUCUUUAUUAUUGAGUAGUUAUAAUGUCAUUGUUGUUUGUGUGUCUCUAUGCUGUGUUUACUUUGCUGCAAAAGUUGAAACCACUGAAUUUGUUUUUAUGUUUGUUUAUUUUGAUAUAUUUUACAUGUCAGAGUGUUUUGUUGUAGAAAUGUUACUGCUGUAGUCUGAGGAGGUCACAUCUGUAUUUGUGGACGUGAAUACACAAAGGAAACACACAUACCAUUAUUACAUGUUAUAGGUUUAUACAUUCCAAUGUUUAUACACUGUGGCCAGCGACCAAACAUUUCGCUUAAUUUAAGCUCGUUGUUUUAUAUAGUUUCAUAAAUACUGAUUAGACUGAAUUUGACCUCGAGAGUAAUGUAAAGAAUUUCUCAUUCAAGUUAACAAUUACAGGAAUAUUUUAAAGUUUGAAAGCACUGUCUGUGCAUUUGUAGUCCUGUUCACCUGCUCACUUGCCUUUUACUCUUUACAGUUAAUGGAUGGUGCAGAGGUCAUACACUCAUGUUAAACAUUAAAAAUCAUGGAAAAACACAAACAAGUGACAUACAAGUCACAGCUGAAUAUUGUGAAUGUUUCAUGUUUGAAGUUUACAUUGAUCGAUUUUGUUUCCUCCAGCCAAUUACAUUUGCCCUAAUACAGAUCGGUGGCCAAAAGUAUAUACAUAUCUGUUUCUGUUUUAUUGGGUUAGUGAGGUGCCGGAUUUCCACUGUGGAACAGGACUUUUAUUCACACAUAGUUGUUGUUCUACUCGAGACAGUUCUUAAUGAAGGUUGUUCAGAUUUUUUGGCAUGAAGCGAAAAACAUUACUGAUUGUAGGUUACAAUAAACAUGAUGAACCAACCCAAGUGAUUGUAAUAUAUCAUAGCUUAGUUUUAUUUUGCAGAAGAUGUAUAGAAAGACGUGUUGACAGACUGUGUUAUAGUUCAGAUGUUUUGGUGCUCCGACAACUCUUACACUUAAGGAAGGUUCUGGGAAAUUGUUCAUGGUUUGGUCUUUUCUUUUGCUAAAGGAACAUUUCAGUUCAGUUAUGUGCUUACAAAUUUCUGUUUCAACAUGUCAUUGUAUGUUAAUUCCAAACAUAAAUGUUCUUAAUUGUUUUGUGGAAGAACUCACGCCCAUCCAGCACAUUUGGAAGGAAGUGGAAUGCCAAAACUUAUACCUAAAUAUCAAAUGCUAUUGAUAUUGCUGAACAAGUAAAUGUCUUCAGUCAGACUGUUAAAAACAUCAGCUGGGUAAUGAGAACUAUGGGGAGGGAAGCUUUUAUGCCUACACAUUAAUGCUCAGAGUUUUGUUUAUUAUCUUAAGCAGUGUAAUGUCCACAUAAUUCUGGUCAUUAACUGUAUACUCUGUAUGCACAGAGUUUAGUUAUAAAUGCAGAAAUAGACACCCCAAGCAAACAUCCCAAAUCGUCAAGGCAUGACAUAUAUAAAUUUAACAGAAUAAAAAUGUUCCUGCACUAUUAACUGUAAAUUCAAAGGUUUUAUUUGCAAGUCUUGCAAACUGGACGCCCUUUAAUAUGUAAGUGUUGACUGGACUAUGCUGGUGAAAUAAAUGUGGUUAUUCAUGACAAACAGGCUUGUUUAUAUUUCUGCAGAGCACCCAUAGUGUUUAAUAACAGUCUGAAAUCCCUAAAUGGCCCCUUUAAAGUGAAUGUACAGGUAUGUGCCUUCAUAGGAUCCUGUGUUAUUUAUAGCUGUUUAGAUGUUUUAAAAAGUAAAAAAGUAUUAAAGUAUACAUACAGUAUUACACAAUGUCAUUUAACAGAAUAUGCACAGGGUAGAUAAAUAUCUCAACUAUGUACAAAAUGAUAAUGAUUUUUACACUGGUGGUGUUUUUACUGAAACUGUGCCAUGUACGGUGUUCUUUAGAUCUGUGCACGAGGCACCCGACUCCAAAACAUUACAGUCUGUUCAGAAAGAACUGACAGUUUGGUUUUGUUGUUUAGAAAUAUUAUUUGGUUUAUGAGUGAAAUUAAUGGGUCAGCACACUUGUAGUUGUCGGCACUGAGACUGUAACGGUCUUACAAGACUCGUGUGUGUGAAGCGAAUGUAUAUUUCCCAUCAAUGUUUAUGGUUACAGUGUUUGUUUAUGUAUAUAAGAGAAAUGAGGCUGGAUAUGGGAUCAGGUUUAUUUUGAAAUGUGUCUUAAUCAGUGUUAAAGUAAAAAUAAAACAGCAAAAUGUAUAACA